CCAAAUUUCAUCCUCACACGACACGACCCCCCAUUCCAUUCGCUUGAAACUUUCUCGAGGCCUUCAUCACGUACGGGUGUAAUAUUGGAGACAUAAACGCGAUCGUUACUCCUCGCUCACGCUGACGCUAUGUGGUAAUGGGCGCUUAAAAUCCCCCACCCCUUUUCUAUUCUCACUCGAAACUUGUCGUUAUCUUUCUCGAUCGCGCCCUUCAUCCCGGCCGGUAGAAGAAUGUGGAAGCUGAGGACUCCGAAGGGAGGAGAUGAUCCAUACUUGUACAGCACGAAUAGACACGUAGGGAGGCAGAUAUGGGAGUAUGAUCCAAAGGCAGGCACUCCUGAGGAGGUGGCUGAGGUAGAGGAAGCUCGCCGUAAUUUCUCCAAGAACCGUUCUCUUGUGAAGCCCAGUGCCGAUCUCCUCUGGCGCAUGCAGUUUCUAAGGGAGAAAAACUUUAAGCAGACGAUUCCCCGAGUGAGAGUCGAGGAUGCAGAGAAAAUCACGUGCGACGUAGCCAAGGCCGCACUUAGAAGAGGGGUUCACUAUUUCUCGGCCCUGCAGGCUGAUGAUGGACACUGGCCUGCUGAAAACGCCGGACCCUUGUUCUUCCACCCACCCUUCGUUAUAUGCCUUUACAUCACUGGGCACUUGGAAAAGGUGUUCUCUUCCGAGCAUCAAAAGGAAAUCCUACGUUACGUAUACAAUCACCAGAACGAGGAUGGUGGAUGGGGAUUACACGUAGAAAGCCACAGUGUUAUGUUCUGUACGGUUCUCAACUACAUCGCCCUACGAAUUCUCGGAGUAGAACCUGAUGCGGAAGCUUGUGCAAGGGCUCGAAAGUGGAUUCUCGACCAUGGUGGUGCCACGUAUACACCCUUGAUGGGGAAAGUUUGGCUUUCAGCUCUUGGAGUGCAUGAAUGGUCUGGCUGCAAACCGAUGCCACCCGAAUUGUGGUUGCUUCCUUCUUCUCUUCCUGUUAAUGGAGGUACUCUCUGGAUAUAUUCCCGAAAUAGUUUCAUGCCUAUGUCAUAUUUGUACGGCAAAAGAUUUGUUUCUUCUCCAACGCCUCUCGUUCUGCAACUCCGGAAGGAGCUUUACCCUCGUCCUUACGAUAAAAUCGAUUGGAAGAACGCACACAAGAGAUGCGCUAAGGAAGACGUCUAUUACCCUCAGACAUUCGCACAAGAAAUGCUUUGGGAUGUCGUGUAUAUGGCGAUUGAACCUCUUUUGAACCGUUGGCCCUGGAUGAGACAGAAGGCUCUUCAGACCACCAUAGACCUCAUCCAUUACGAAGAUGAAAUUGGCCGAUACCUUUCAGGUGGAUGCGGGGGGAAGUCGUUAUGUAUGCUUUCUUCUUGGGUUGAAGACCCUAACGGAGACCAUUUCAAGAAGCAUCUAGCGAGAAUCCCUGAUUUCAUAUGGGUCGCUGAGGAUGGUAUGAAAAUCCAGUCUUUUGGCAGUCAAUUGUGGGAUACCGCCUUUUCGCUUCAAGCACUCUUAGCAACGGAUCUUGUGGAUGAGAUCAAACCAACGCUCGUCAAGGGAUACGACUUCUUAAAGAAAUCUCAGAUUGCAGAAAACCCUCGUGGGAAUUAUAAAAGAACAUUUCGACACUUCACGAAAGGAGGAUGGACAUUUUCGGACCAAGAUCAUGGAUGGCCAGUAUCUGACUGCACUGCCGAAAGCUUAGAGUGCUGCUUGGCCUUUUCAACCAUGCCUCCCGAGUUCAUCGGUGAGAAAAUGGAAGUAGAGAGGCUAUACGAUGCAGUCAAUUUCCUUCUCUCAUUGCAGAGCCCAAACGGAGGCAUAACAGCAUGGGAACCGGCACCGGGAAAACUCUGGCUUGAGAGGUUUAAUCCAUUGGAGUUUAUGGAAGACGUGGUUGUGGAGCACGAGUACGUGGAAUGCACAUGCUCUACCAUAAUAGCAUUGGUUAUGUUCAACAAACUGUUUCCCGGACACAGAAAGAAGGAAAUAGAGAGGUUCAUCGCUAAUGCUGUAAAAUAUGUCGAGAACAUGCAGACGGAUGACGGCUCCUGGUAUGGGAACUGGGGAGUGUGCUUCUUCUACGCGACUUGGUUUGCCCUAAGAGGGCUUGUUGCGGUCGGAAAGACGUACCAGGACUCCCAGACUAUUCGUAACGCAGUUCGGUUCCUUCUCAGAACCCAAAACAUCGACGGUGGUUGGGGCGAAAGCUACCUUUCUUGUACCAAAAAGAUAUAUACUCCGUUGGAAGGAAACCGGUCCAAUGUGGUGCAUACAGCUCAAGCGAUGAUGGGUCUGGUUCUUGUCGGCCAGAUGGAGAGAGACCCUGCACCCGUUCACCGUGCUGCGAAACUGUUGAUCAACUCGCAGUUGGAGAACGGCGAUUUUCCACAAGAGGAGAUCGAAGGGGUUUUCAAGAUGAACGUGAUGCUUCACUAUCCCACCUACAGAAACUUCUUCCCGCUGUGGGCACUUGCCGAAUACACCAAGCGCCUCCUAUCAUCCUGCUUGGAUUGAGAGAUUAAAAUCUUACAAUCUCCCUCUUCAUAUAUAUAUAUAUAUAUAUAUAUAUAUAUAGCUUCCUCCAAAUCCAAUGUUAUACUGUAUGAAGAAAAAAAUUUAACAUUUGUAUGGUUUAUGGACUUCCUCGAACAGUUUCUCUCAAACGUAUCAUUAUUUUUCCUCAAGAA